AUGACUACAUUUACACCAAAGAACAUUCUCAUCACUGGGGCUGCUGGCUUUAUUGCAUCUCAUGUCGCUAAUAGGCUUAUCAGAAGCUACCCAGAUUACAAGAUUGUUGUGCUUGACAAGCUUGAUUAUUGCUCAAAUCUUAAGAAUCUUAACCCCUUUAGAUCUUCUCCGAACUUCAAGUUUGUUAAGGGGGACAUUGGGAGUGCUGAAACGCUUAAGUCUAUCCUGAUUACCGAAUCCAUUGACACCAUAAUGCACUUUGCUGCUCAGACUCAUGUUGAUAAUUCAUUUGGAAACAGCUUUGAAUUCACAAAGAACAACAUUUAUGGCACCCAUGUGCUUUUAGAGGCAUGUAAAGUCACUCGCCAGAUUAGAAGGUUCAUCCAUGUGAGCACGGAUGCGGUGUAUGGGGAAACAGAGGAGGAUGUUGUUGUGGGUAACCAUGAAGCCUCACAACUUCUUCCUACAAACCCAUAUUCGGCCACAAAAGCUGGGGCAGAAAUGCUUGUUAUGGCUUAUUGUCGGUCAUAUGGCUUACCUGUAAUUACCACCAGAGGAAGCAAUGUUUAUGGCCCUAAUCAGUUCCCAGAAAAACUAAUCCCUAAGUUCAUUCUCUUGGCCAUGAGAGGCAAGCCACUUCCGAUCCACGGUGAUGGUUCUAAUGUGAGGAGUUAUAUCUAUAGUGAAGACAUUGCUGAGGCUUUUGAAGUCAUUCUCCAUAAGGGAGAAGUUGGUCAUGUUUACAACAUAGGAACUAAGAAGGAAAGACGAGUUAUUGAUGUCGCCAAAGAUAUAUGCAACCUUUUCAAGAUGGAUCCUGAAGCAAGCAUCAAAUUUGUGGAUAACAGGCCAUUUAAUGAUCAGAGGUACUUCUUAGAUGAUGAGAAACUGAGGAGCUUGGGUUGGUUUGAAAGGACCACAUGGGAAGAGGGUCUCAAAAAGACCAUAAAAUGGUAUACUAGCAAUCCUGAUUGGUGGGGAGAUGUCUCUAGAGCACUUCUUCCUCAUCCAAGAAUGCUAAUGAUGCCUGGUGGAGUCGAGAGAGAUAUUGAUGUACCUAAAAACUUUCAAUCUGAUUCACCUCAUGUAGCAGUCAAUUCUUCUCAGAUCCAAAAGAUGGUUCCUGCUUCAAAAAGUAGUACCAACUCUCCCGUUUUGUUUCAUUAG